AUGUUCAGGACCAUUGCCAUCGCCCUCAUCCUCUCGUGCGCGCUCGUCGGUGGCUAUGGGGGAAUGUAUCUCGCCGUGAGGCAUGGCUUCUUUGACGCUGUCAAGAUUUGCACGACCAAAAAAUCCAUGUGGCUCAAGCCACGAUGCGUCCUAGCAAGAUCCGGCCCAACAUACCGACCGGUCUACACGGGUGUUCCGUCCAUUGACGAUACUGUGGGGCUUCUCCUCGAGUUUUUUGCCGUUUCCAUCGUCAACUACGGACAGGACAUUGAUUGGCAAGGAGUCCUCACCAUGUCGUACAUGGCAGCGCAGUUUGGGGGACUUUGGUCCUUGAUGGCGCUCGAAGGUCUUCGCAAGAAGAAUCGGCGCACAGUCUUCAGCUACACCGGUUCAUGGGGAAUGCUAGGACAGCUGGUGACGAUUACGAUUGCGGCACCCAUCUACCUCGCUUUGAACGUCCUCUACUCACCCGAUCGAGCUGGUUACGAAGAUGUCGUCGUGGAUCCCACAGACGCGGACAUUCUGCCAUGGAUAUCAACAAUGUCGUACAUUGUGCCGAGCCUCUUCAUGAUCCUCCCAUCACUCGGCAUCCUAUCGCCCAGGGAGAACUACAUUAUCAUUGCGUUGUGGCAGCCAUUUCCGCUCUUGCACUCCCUCUUCCAUCCACUCGUCAAGAAACUAGUGGACCCGGACAAGAAACCGAAGGAAACGACAGACCGACUCCUCGUGUCUCUGCGGGGUGUAUACCAUUUCGUCAUGGUAUUCAGUGGAGUCGCGCACGGAUUGAUGAUGGGAACCGUCAUCUCGUCGAAGACACUGUCAAACAUGCCUGGGCUAUCUCUGUCCAAGAUGCUGGCACCGACGUCGUUGACAGAUCCACCCAUCAGAACCCUCAUGAGACCACCUGUGUCGGCACUGGCGCAGAAAGAGAUUGUCACCAAUUUCCUCCGGUGGGAUAUCUACUGUGCUUGCGCAGCGUUUGUUGUCUGGGCCAUCUACCAGAAGCACCAGGCGUUGCCUCAGAAGAGCCUACUACGAACUGUGGGCAAAGUCGGAUUCUGGACUGCUGUGGCCGGGCCCGUCGCAUCGGCGGCAGCAUUGCUGCGAGAGAGAGACUUGGAGGUCUUGGAGAGAAUCGAGUUGAACCGACAAAUUCGCAAGAUAAAGUAA